UCAUGUGUCCUUCACUUUCAUAACCACAAAAAAACAAAACACUUCAAACCAGGAGUGGAGGUGUCUGUUGAUCCCUUGCCAACAAAAACCAUCUUAAAUCAUCUGCCCAGGGAUCUCAUCUCAGCACUUACUGGAACAGGUUUGGAAACAAGCAGCUGUGAUGUGAAUGUGGUCUUGACAUCGCCCCCCCUACCCCCACCCCCUCCCCUCUCCAGACCCUACUGUCAAGGUGUCGAGGACUAUUGCAGCUGUCUCAUUCACUGUGCCUGGACAUUGCUACCCACCAGGGUCAGUGACAAAAACCAGAGGAAGUGCCUUCUGACAGCAGCCUUGGUCAUGCCUCAGCCAGGCACCAACGGGAUGGAACCCGUGUUUGGAGACGCCUAUGGAAUAUGUAGACAGCGCACCACCUUUGACCAAUCUGCAACUUCCCUAUCAGGCUGCAGGACAGAGCUGGACGUGUGCGACCAGCUGGAGUUUACCCACAGCUCUCAGGGGGUUGUGCUGAUGUUGGGGUACUCAGGGGCACCCCCGAAGGGCCCGUUCGAGCUGCUGAGUGACCUGGUGGAUGAUGGCUUUGGGGAGGAGCAGGGCUCUGAGCGGUGGGAUGUGUCUGCAUUGGAAGACAUUGCUUACACAAAAGGGAGCCUGGAGGGGGAGCUAGGGAGUGGAGAGGGAGUCAUGGAGGGCCGGGGGAUGUCCCACAGACUGGAUAAAACUGCAGACGGGUUGCUGGACAACCCUGCUGAGAGAGGGUGUGACACAGAGAUGGAGUUUGGCAGCCUGCAGGAAGGAGGUGGGGCUCAAGAGACAGGGCCUCGGUGCAGGAGUUGGAAAGCUAGCCCACAUGAGUCAAAGCAGGUGGAAAAACCAAAGGCCCCAAUCCAGUCAGCUAGAGGAUGGGAAGAUGUGAGAAGACUGAAGUCUCAGCAGGACCACCAAGAAGAGCCAGGCAGCCAGACAGGGGAGGCUGACUGGGACAGUGAGGGGGGACAGGGGACCGAGGCCAGCUCUCGAACCUCACCACCCUGCAUGGCGGUGGUAUCAGAGGCAGCCCUGGAGCUCACCAGUGAGGAACACAACUACUCCAUGCAGGCAGGGCCAGACUCUGCUUCCAGUGAAGGGUCUGACAGCAAGGUUGGAGGCUCUGAUGAGGAGGAGGAGGAGGAUCUGGAGUUUGAAGAGCAGGGUGAGGAGAGAGAAGAGUCCAGCUCCACCGAGGCUCAUUCAGGCCCCGAGCUGGAGGAUCAUCCUGCUGGAAGGACAGAGAAACACAGGUGUUUCUGGGAGUACAGCCACGGGUGCGAGUCCGCUAAAAAAAGAAAGCGCAACGAGCCAUCGUCAAACUGGAGCUCUCAGACACUCCCUAGCAACCUCUACCAGAGAGAGAGCGCCUCGGCUGCAGGCAGUAAUGGUUCGAGGAAAGCUCGGCGGACAGAUGCCAGCGACCUGACCCCCAACCCGCGCAAACUGCUGAGCAUCGGGGAGCAACUGCGCAAGCUGAACCGAGCCAUCGAGGGUAUGAGACCUGCCAACGACCUGCCUGUCACUGCCAGGGCCCGCUCCAGGAAAGAGAAAAACAAGCUGGCCUCAAGGGCUUGUCGACUCAAAAAGAAAGCGCAGCACGAAGCCAACAAGAUCAAGCUGUGGGGGCUGAACCAUGAGCAUGACAGCCUGCUGGGUAUGCUACUGCAGAUCAAGGAGGUCAUCAGGAGGAGAGUGGAGAGCAGGAGUGAGCCGUACCAGAAAGGAAUGAAUGAAACACUGGAGUGCCUUAUGAAAGAAUUGAGUGGGCCGGAAGUGGCAGGAUGCUCCAAAGAGUUUGUUCAGAGAGUGCUGGAGCGCGCGGCGAGGGGGGAGCCGUUGAGGGGGUUGGUGAAGGGACAGGGGGUCCCGACUGCUGGCUCUAAAGUUUAAAUCUCCUUUCCAGAGACUCUUAAAGCUGAAUCUGCAUCCAGCCCUUUUGCCCUGUCUCACUUUACUUUAUUUGCACUUUACAUAAGUUUGCCUGCUCUUAUGGGAGCAUGGGUUUGCAGGAUUACUAAACAGAAACUUAGUUUAAAAGAUUUCAACAAGAAAGACACUCCGUACUUCUCUAAUUUUAUAAUUAAGUUCCUUUUAGUUUUACCGAGUAUGGCUUUUGCAGGCAAAAUAGACCAUAUAGAUCUAGAAUAGACGUUUCCGUUUCAUAGAAGAACAUUUAUGUAGUUGUUUUUAGCUGACACACCUGAAAAAAAGAAAAACUGGUUGUGGUAACUUUACCGAGCCAAGAUAUCAUUCUCUGACUAUUAGCUGCACUUUUGUAUAAAGUACAGCCUCACCCUACAGCUACUAUAUGUUGAGAAAGUUCUAUUGUACACAGCCUCCCUCUCUCUGCACCACAGAAAUCACUUGAGGACAAUAAGAUGCCCUAUGUAAUUCUGACUCAGCUAUGUUUGCUCAGUUUUAAUGCUGCAGUGGCCCCCACCUUAAAAAAAGUGUGGUGCAAAUAGAAAAGCCUAAUAUUUUAUUAUUCCUAUUUCCUGUGAACGUACUGUAUACCUUGCAUAAUGUAGAUUUUAAUAUUUAUAAGCAACUGUUGUAUUAAUAAAAUAUAUAUAUUUUAUUAUUUUUUUA